AUGGAUUAUCAUAUUCAACAGCUACCUCAAGAAUAUGCAAAACAAAUUCGAAUCAAACUUCAAGAAUAUAAAGAAUCGGCUGAAACUGAUGAUGAAGCUCGAAUUGCGAUCGUUUCUUCAAUUUUCGAUUGUGCCAGCAAAAACUAUGACAAAAUUCAAGAUUUGGAACAGAUUUGUCGAAUUCAGAUGGGAUAUGAAUAUAAUCUGCAAAACAACGAAGGACCAUUUCGAGCAGCCGUUUGGAACAAAAUCUUUUCUAUUCUAAACAAAAUCGUGAAUUCCACUCAGCGCAGAGAUUUGCAAAUUGGAGAAAAAGAUUGGUGUCUAAUGUGAGUUUUUUUUAAACCAAAAAAAACUCUUGAUUUGUCAAAACUUUAGGAAAUUCAUCGGUCCAUUUUGUAUGGAAGAAGAGUAUCUAUACAGAAAUCCGAAUAAUCAAAAGAUAUGCUAUCUAAUCAAAACAUGUUUCUUCAAACCAAUCUCAUGUUCCUGUAUAGCGAAUAAUGACUCAAAAAUGUUGUGCCAUAGACGAGAAUGUCAGAUUAUUCCAUUCACUCCGCAACAAAUCAAUGAUCUACAAAAUAUAAGCAGUGAAUAUAGGAUUCAAUGCGGAAUUGUGUUAUUUGAAUCGAUCAAACGUUUGUUGAUAGAUCUUCACAUGAUUCAGGAAUGUUAUUAUUGGCAUGGAAGAUUGAAGAAAUGUUGGCCUUAUCUCGGGAAACAUACACAAAAUAUGAUCAGAGAUUAUUUGCAACCAAAGAGGAAUGAAUUCAAAACUAGUGAUGAAGAGUAAGUUGGUUUCUGCUUGUUCGAAACUCAGCUAAAUCAUUUUUUUAAGCUUCAAGAAUGAAGAGAAGAUCGAAUCUGAAAAGUAAGCCAGAGAUGUUUUUCGAAGAUUAUUGAGAAUUUUUCAGAGAUACACAUGAGAUUAUUAAAAAUCUGAUGGCUGAAAAUGACCAACUACGAAGUCAGUUGAAACAAGAAGCAAUCCAAAUCAUGGAUUUCAAAUUCAAAAUUGAAGAACUCGAAAGAAUCAUCGAAAAUCGCAACCUCAGCCACAAAACCAUCAUAAAAUGUUCAAACAUUCGCCGAAUUCAUCAGAAAUACGAGAAAAUUCUGAAAACCGAUGGAUAUAGUUUGUAUCUAUCAAACAUCGACAAGUUGCUUCAACUUCAUCCAAAAUCAAUCGAAAUUCUAACAAUGAAAGUCGAGAUUUUGAAAAUUGAGGGAAAUAUUGAGGAGUAUUUGAGGAGGAUUAAUGAGAGUUAUUGGAAAAUCGAGCGAAAUCCGGAUAUUUCGAUGGAUGAAUUGGGAGCGGAGAUUGAACAAAUUCCAAGUGAAGAAUUCAUGGAGAAAUAUCAGAAAUUGAUUGUUGAGAAUAGUUUUACUUAA